AUGAGGGCGCUGCAAGUUGCGGUGCUGCUGGCGGCAGUGGGGACUGCCUGCGCAGUUGGCCAGGCGACGCUGGCGCCGCCGGGUGGGCUGCCGCCAGCCAUCACGCCCCAGUUUGUGCUGUUCACUCAUGAUGACGCAAUCAUCGACACAACCUUUGACAUGCUGCACGAAGUGACGGACGGCAGGCUGGCGAACGGCUGCCCGCUGACGGCCACGCUCUUCACACAAGUCCAGGGCACAGAUUGCGGGCUUCUGAGCAAGCUGUGGAACUCUGGCUUUGAGGUGGCAGACCACACUAAGAACCACGAGCAUAUGAGCAAGAUGGGGCUGAAGGAUGUGAGGGAGGAGAUCUUGGGAGGGCGCCAGGGGCUGGCCGACUGCGGCAUCCCCAUCCAGUCGAUUGUGGGCUUCAGAGCGCCCUACCUGGAGACCAAGCCCGACAUCCGCAUGGUUCUGAAGAACAAUGGCUACCUGUAUGACAGCACGCUGAUUGAGGAGGGCAGCGGCAAGUCGCUGACCAGAGGCAUGGGGUCCCGAGUGUGGCCCUGGGACAUGACCAAUGGCAUCCCCAUCGCCUGCGGCUGGUUUGACAACAUCCAGCAGUGCAGCAAGGACGAGAAGUACCCGGGGCUGUGGCAGGUGCCGGUGUGGAACCUGAAUGCACUGGGCGGCCCUUACACCAUGGACUAUGGAGACGACGGCGACGCCUCUGUGUUUGACAUUCUCAAGGCCAACUUCGAUGCCGCCUACAGCGGCAACCGCGCCCCUUUUCCCAUCUUCAUCCACUCCCCCUGGCUGCGGGAGGGCGACCGCCUGGGAGAGCUGAAGAAGUUUGUGGACUAUGCACGCGCCAAGCCCCAUGUCUACUUUGUGACCGUGCGCCAGCUCAUCUCCUGGCUCAAGAACCCGGUGCCUGCCGGUCAGCUGACGCCGCUCAAGCUGGGCUGCCGCAACCCCGGUGGCGCGCCCGCCACCCCGCAGCAGCUGGCCGCCGCCACGGCCAAGCCGCCGCCGCCCAAGUCGCCCCCGCCGCCAACCCCGCAGGCCAAGUCGCCGCCGCCGCCCGUGGUGGUGGUGCAGACGCCCGUGCCGGUUCCGGUGGUCGUGCCGCCAGUCAUCCCACCAGUUGAUCCGGACACCCAGCCCUUGCCUGUGGAUCCCGUGCCGGUGGAUCCCGUGCCAGUCACACCGACCACCACACCCGACCCUGUCAUCACACCCGAACCCAGCCCCUCACCCAGCCCUGCCACCAUGCCGCCAUCUGGCAUCCGCAUCACCAUGACUCUUGGAGGCGGCUCCGAGGACACUUUCCGGAAGAUCACAGAGCCGCAGCUGCUGUCGGUGCUCCGCCAGGUGCUGGCGGAGGCGUCAGACUCCCCCGCCUUCAUCGUCAGCCUGGUCGCCUCGCCAGCUGGCGCCAGCGGGGCGCCCGCUCGCCGCCGCCGCGCGCUGCAGGACGGGCAGCAGCUGCUGCAGGCAGUCGCCGUCGUGGGUGGCUCCCAGCCGCUCCAGAUGUACAGGACCAUGCAGAGCGCGCUGCGGGAUGGGAGGAUCGGCACCGUCCUGGCUCUGUCUGGAGCCUACUUGGCAGCGCCACCCACCAUCGUGCCUUUCCAGAAUGGAAUCGACCUGCCGCCGCCAACCACCGCCUCGCCAGCACCAGCAGCGUCCACGCCCAAGCCAGCGAGCCCCGCACCCACGCCGGUGCCAGUUCCGAGCCCCGUCCCUGCAAGCGCCGACUCCAGCAGCAGCGGCAGCAGCAGCGGCGGCGGCGGUGGCACCUCUUUGGGGGCCAUCCUGGGCGCCGCUAUAGGCUGCGCGGCAGCGGUCAUCCUGGCUGCGGGCCUGGUGUACUGGUUUGUGUGGCGCCCGCGCCAGCGGAGGACAGCCGUCGCAGACACCGCUGGUGCGCCCAGUGGCACGAAGGCGCACAGUGCCUCUGACACGUCCAGCCAGGACUCUGCGCCGGAGCCGUGCGCUUACGUCGAGACUGGCGCAGCACCUUACCCCACCACCAACCUGGCGAGCAAUGCGCUGUAUGAGGAGCAGGCCUGAAAGGUGGCGGCUGGCGGCAAGCAAACGUUCCCGCCCUGAGUAAAUUGAACACCUUCCCUACCAUUCUUGCGUUUUUUUACCUGCACCUGUGUGACAUCGUUGAUA